GUGGGACUGCACUGCGCCACACCAAGACUUUUGGCCAACCCACGCCAGUACUUUGACCGCGGUCAUCCAUCUUUCUCUUUCACCACCACACCACCGACGAUGCCUUCUUCACUCAAAAGAAAAGGCUCCCCCGGCCUUGAAGACGAUGUCGACUCCACCAAGCGACACCUGAGCGAGAACGAGUCCCCGAAUCACGACCAAGACGAAGCAGUCCCGAAUCUCGAGCACCAUUCCGAUGAAGCACCCCCAUCUUCCUCUGCGGCCACUGACAGAGCGGCUCGCUUUGCUGCCCUUCGCGCACGGAAUCAAUCUUCGCGCAAGGCCAAUUUGGCCGAGACCAGAACAGAGGCUCGCCGAGCAGCAGCCGACCCCUCUCAACUCCAAAGUCUCCAACGCAAAAAAGACAUCGCCGAGCACAAGCUGCUCAAGGCGGACGUGGAAGCGGAUGGCGAGGAUUUCGAAAGGAAGAGAGCGUGGGACUGGACGGUGGAGGAAAGCGAGCGGUGGGAUGAGCGGAUGAAGGAGAAGGCGAGCAGAAAGAAUGCAGUGGGCUUUGCAGACUACCGAAAAGAAGCGGGCAAAGUGUACGAUCGUCAGAUUCGAGAGAUGGAAAAGGGCAAGGAGAGCAUGGAGGGCAGACGUGAUGCAUACGAGCGGGAAAAGACGGAGGCGAUCGAGCGCAGUGUGCGAUCCGGGGGCCUCGAGAUUGUCGAGACGGAAAGUGGCGAGCUGAUUGCGGUGGACAAAGACGGCAGCUUCUACUCCACGGCCGACUCGACUGCGUCCUUUACAAACAAGCCGGACAAAGCUGCUGUUGAUCGCUUGGUGGCAGACAUUCGCAAAGCCGAAGAAGUGCGCCUGCGCAAGAGACGGGAGAGAGGAGGCCGGGAUGAGACGGACGGCGAUGUCACGUACAUCAACGAGAAGAACAAGCAGUUCAACCUCAAGCUGGCGCGGUUCUACGACAAGUACACGUCGGAGAUUCGCGACAGCUUCGAACGGGGGACAGCAAUCUAGAG